AUGCGGUCGCGCCAUAUGGCUCUGGCGGCACUUGUUGACGUCGAGCUUGAAGAUACGGCACUCGAGAUGGUCGGGGAUACGAACACGAGUACGCAUUACUCGCUCCCCGGCCGGGCACGAGUCACCUUUCCCGCCCUCCCAUCCUCUCUAGGCGGCCGCUUCCGCCUGCUGCACAAAGUCACCAUCACGAUCGAGGGCAAGGCAGAAUACACCGACCCCGAGGGACGGUACACUCCUCUCCGGGUCUAUCGCGCUACUCACGCCCUCCUCCCAUCGCCAUAUACCAUUCGGCCUUAUUGCUCCUCCUUCGGGAGUAUCACUCUCGACCUGUCCUUCGACCUUCGGGUGCCGGGCUGGCUCCCGCCCUCCCACCUCAGUCGACACAGUAGUACGAAUUACGGCUUGGUAGCCGACGCGACUGUGGGUUGGGCCAACGAGACCGUCUUCUCGGGGUCGGGCGUGUCGGCCACGCCGUUACUGGUGGAUGGCCAGUUUGCGCUCGCCCAGAUGAGCCGGUCCGCAUAUGCACCGCUCGAGGUGAGGAGGCACCGUAUUCCCGGUCCCAUUCCACGGGGGGGAGCACCACGCCGCCAUUAUCCGUUUAGGUGCAAGACGCUCCCGGUUGACUUGUCUAUUCGUCACGCAGAGUACGCCGACCUUGGAGACCCGAAGGGAAUCAAGAUCGACAUGCAGCUGCGUGCGAGCGUGAGCCGGUGGGACGAGCACGAGGCGGGCGUGAGCCAGCAGGUCGCCCGGGCCCAGCGAGACGCUAGCGAGAGUGCUUCUGAGCGGGGAUGCAGCGAGGGUGCAGAGCGUGAAUCCAGCGAGCCGGCCUCCAGUCCCGAGAGCACCGGCCCCGCCGUCGCGCAUGUCGUCCACAUCGCCAUGGAAGUCGAGGAACGGGAGGACGUACGUUCCACCCCAGCAGGCAUGUUCCUCUCCGCCUUCCCUCUCCCGCCUCAAGACGGGCCACUCCUCGGACCAUCUCGUGCGCCGACUACACCAGCCACACUCGAACCGGUGCGGCGGCGCGUGGCGCGCGCAUGUCUCCUCCUCCCGAACGGGCAGGCACAGAGCCACACGUUCGACGAUCCACGUCCCGUGGGACCCUCCACAAAGCGGAUCAAGGGCGCCCUGACGUUCAAUGAGAUCGGGCGGUUUCCGGUACCCAACGCCACGGGGCCAUUUGUCAAGGUUACCCACUUCCUCAAGACGCAUGUUACGUUUGAGCGCGCGGGAGAGUAUUAUACGGAGACGUUCAAGACCCCCGUCCGGCUCGUCACCUGUCCCACGCCGCGUGGGAGCGUUCCCCCGCCCUAUAUCACCGUGUUCCACGAGAACGGCGACCUGCGCGACUGCGACCCACUUCCCCUGUAUGCGCCCGCCGAGGACGACGUCGACAUGGUCGAGGCACUCACGCGUGACGCCUCGCCGCCCACUGAGGCCGAGUCGUCACCCUCGCCUCCCUCGUCAUCCCGGCCACUUCCCGAGGCGGAGCACCGCAGCGCUGCUGACGACCUGUCGCCCGCGAACCGCAAGCUGUUCGAGCAGUGGGCACGCGAGGCGUCGGCCCCACUCGAGGGCAACGCUUAG